AUGAAGCCUGAUUUAGCAAAUGCAAUUGUUAAAUAUUGCAAGAAUUUAAAACACUUGAGAAUACAUAAUCGUAAUUACUCAAUGAAUGAUACCGCUUUAGAAAAGUUGACAGAGUUGGAAAAUCUUGAAUGUUUAAUCCUUGGUAUAGUUGAGCUCCAUGAGGAAUCAAUCAUCACAAUUUCAAACAAUUGUAAAAAACUCAAACGUUUAGAAAUUACUGGUUUCACUAUAGUACCAUCUGUUAAUAAAAAUCUUAAUGAUAGUACAAUUACUGCUAUCGCUAAUAAUUGUAAAAACCUAAAAAGUUUAGAUAUCCAAAAUACCACGGGUCUUACUGAGACAGCUCUCGUUGCUUUAACAAACUUGAAAAAUUUACAAAAACUAGACGUAAGUUAUCUUGAUAUCAUUACAGACAGCUUCAUUAUCAAAUUGAAAGGAUUAAAAGAAUUGCAUUGUAAUAAAUGCAAGAAACUUACUGAUGUUGGUAUUAUUCAAUUUAUAAAAAAUAAUCCAGAUCUUGAAAUGCUUGAUGUCCGCUGUAUUGAUAAUAUUACAAUAAAUAUGGUUAUUGCUGUUGAUCAGGCAACUAAAAAUCGUACCAAUGUAUCAUCUAUUGAUGGUGGGCCACUUUCUUCCCAAUCUGUUCUUGAUGAGUUAUCAAAAUUACAAUGUCUUAAACAUCUAAACUUGUCUCAUUUAAAAAAUCUUCAAGAUAGUACAAUAAUUGUGAUUGCUAAUCAUUGUAAAAAUCUAAAAAGUUUAAAUAUCCAAAAUUGCACAGGUCUUACUGAGACAGCUCUCGUUGCUUUAUUAAACUUGGAAAAUUUACAAAAAGUUAAUGUAAGUCGUCUUGAUAUAAUUAAAGACAGCUUCCUUAUCAAAUUGAAAGGAUUAAAAGAACUGCAUUGUGACAAAUGCAAGCAACUUACUGAUACUGGUAUUAUUCAAUUUAUAAAAAAUAAUCCGGAUCUUGAAUAUCUUACAGUCCGCUGUAUGAAAAAUAUUACAAGUAAUAUAGUUAUUGGUGCUGAUCAGGCAACAAGAAAUCGUACAAAUGGUAUCAUUUUACACAUAGAAACAACCAAUCAGUUAAUACUUGACGCUUAUAAUAUAAGUCAAUUAAAUCUCAAUGGUUGGUUGUUGAAGCUCUAA